GUGUUGUGAUAUCGCGAUAUCUCAGGCGUAUGUUGUCUCGCUGCAGCGCUGUAGCGGGCUGAGUGUGGGUGCUUGACUGCCAGUGGAUCCAUCGUUUCUCUCUCUCUCUCUCUCUCAAGCGAAGUGCAACCUGAUAUAUCAAGGCUGUUUACGUUGCCUUUUAACUUUUGAAGGGCCAGCGGAACAGCGCGCUUGAAUGUUUCAAAGGCCUGUGUGGAAUAUUCCAGCCUAUGUGGGGGGUGGGGAGCCAGACUCUCUCACUGGGGAACAGAGUUGUUCACAAGCUCAGUAAGAGGAUUUUUGUCCCUGUUGACUGCCAUGAUGCCAGGUAUGACAGAUUAUUUUGUCAAACCGAUCCCUAAAUGAACCGGAGCAGAGGAUUGAAACUAUGGCAUAAAGCGCAAUGAUGGCACAGUCAGAUGUUUACUGUUGAUUGGAGCUGGGUAAGCAGUGAUGAUGCGUUGUCUGGCAGCCCGUGUUCACUACAAGACCCUGAUAGUGAUCUGCGCUCUCCUCUCUCUGCUCACGGUCGUUCUGUGGAACAAGUGUACGAGUGAGAAAGCGCUGCGCUUCCUGCCCCGGCUCCCCCAGCCCCCUCCCAGCCCGAAAACAGACAGCCACCCGCAGCAGCCCCAGCCCCCCGAACCUCCACCUGUGGUCGGCGGAGUGCGCUACGAAGAGAUCGACUGCCUGAUCAAUGACGAUGUCACCAUUAAGGGCCGCCGAGAAGGCAGUGAGGUAUACCUGCCCUUCAACUGGAUGGAGAAGUACUUUGAGGUGUACGGCAAGGUGGUACAGUACGAUGGCUACGAUCGAUUCGAGUUUUCACACAGUUACUCCAAAGUAUAUGCCCAGAAGGAGCUGUAUCACCCCAGUGGAGUCUUCAUGUCUUUUGAGGGGUAUAACGUGGAGGUGCGUGACAGAGUCAAGUGCAUCAGUGGAGUGGAAGGAGUACCUUUGUCCACCCAGUGGGGCCCUCAAGGGUAUUUCUAUGCUAUCCAGAUCGCUCAGUAUGGCCUGAGUCAUUACAGUAAGAACCUGACCGAGCGGCCACCCCACACAGAGGUGUAUGACACAGCGGAGGAGAGAGACAGCAGGUCUAGCGCGUGGACUGUCCCUAAAGGCUGUUCCCUCACCAGAGUCUAUGACAAGACCAAAGUCACUUCAGUACGACAGUUCAGCGCUCCAGAAAACUCAGAGGGCGUCUCACUUCCUCUUGGCAACUCGAAAGACUUCAUCAUCUCUUUUGACCUGAAGUUUACAUCUAAUGGUAGUGUCUCUGUCAUCGUGGAGACCACAGAGAAAGGUCCUCCGUUUGUUAUCCACUACGUCACCACCACCCAGCUCAUUUCUUUCAAGGAGCGUGACAUCACCUAUGGCAUCGGCCCUCGGACUGCAUGGACCACGGUCACCCGUGACCUCCUCACUGACCUUCGCAAAGGCAUUGGCCUAUCCAACACCAAAGCGGUCAAAGCCACCAAGACCAUGCCACGUCGUGUGGUAAAGUUAGUGGUGCACGGCCACGGGAUGAUAGACAAUAUCACAAUCUCCACCACUUUGCAUAUGGCGGCUUUUUUCGCAGCUAGCGACUGGUUGGUGCGCAACCAGGACGAGCGCGGUGGUUGGCCGAUCAUGGUGACUCGUAAACUCGGGGACGGUUUCCGUGCUCUGGAGCCGGGUUGGUAUUCGGCCAUGGCACAGGGGCAGGCCAUGUCCACUCUAGUGCGUGCCUAUCUGAUGACAAAAGACGACACGUACCUAAAAGCUGCCUUGCGUGCCACCGGACCUUUCAAACUGCCAUCGGAGCAGCAUGGCGUCAAAGCUGUAUUCAUGAACAAGUAUGACUGGUAUGAGGAGUACCCCACAAUCCCUAGCUCCUUCGUUCUCAACGGGUUCAUCUAUUCACUCAUAGGCCUGUAUGACCUGGCUCAAACGGCAGGUGAGAAGCUCGGUCGGGACGCAGGUCAGCUGUACAGCAAGGGGAUGGAGUCCUUGAAAGUUAUGCUGCCCUUGUACGAUACAGGGUCGGGCACCAUCUAUGAUCUCCGCCACUUUAUAUUGGGCACUGCGCCCAAUCUGGCUCGUUGGGACUACCAUACAACGCACAUCAACCAGCUCCAGCUACUGGGUACUAUCGACAACUCACCCAUAUUCAGGGACUUCGUCAAGCGUUGGAAAAGCUACCUGAAAGGAGGGAGGGCCAAGCACAACUAAAGGGGAGCACACCUCUACGAUCUCUUCAUGCCCUCACAUCCUCUUCCCGACUGCCACCAUCAGGGCCACAGUGUCUAGUGAGGAGAAAAAGAUGACUGAACACUUCGGUGGCCCUCUGACUUUUCAGUUUGAGACCGUAAUUGCAGUGCUGCUUGUCUGUGCUGAUGUUUUAAUUAGGUACAGUACAAACGCAGCUGCUUGCAGCAUGUGUCUGGAUAAGGAAGAGGUAGGGCUUAUGUAUUUAAAAUUCAAAGCUUCAGAUCUGCAGGUUUGAGUGAGAAACGCGUCUGCUGAGAUUUGCCACAUUUGGGCUCACUUCAGUCAAGAUGAGGAAUCGCAAAGCAGCUUUCCAAAGUAAAGCUCGGAAAAGAAUUGGUCAUCAGACAGGCAAAAUUGUCGAGAAAUAAAUCUUUGAGAACAAACUUUAGCUGCACUAGCUAUUUAAGAUCAUAGCCUGUGAGCAGAGCAUUGCAUAUAAUGCAUCUAAGCGACGGAUAAAAAUGCUGAAAAUGUCCUCAAGUGUAGCAUUGUUAUAUUUCACAGAGCAUUGAAGGAUUACUCGGUCAGUUUUGACAUUGGAAUGAAACGCGCCUUUGUUCAACCCACUGUCUAGCCUUCAGUCUGCAUUUCAUGAUCCUUUGCUCUGUCAGACACUCGCCACAAUCAGAUUGAGCCGUCACGAUUCCGGCCCAGUCCUGCCCAUAAUGCACUUAAAGCUUUAGAGAGGUGGUUGUAGGUCACUUGCUUCCUGUUUACAACAGAUUUCAGGAAACAUUGCUGUAGUUAUUAAGACACCACUGUCCUGGACUAACAAACAGAGAGGCUGCUCUUUGAGAAAUCUGGGGGACUCUGAAGAGUCGUGUAGCUGGUGUUCUUCAAACUUCAGUUAAAUCGUGCUCCGUGUAGAUUAGUCAUGCACUUUACUUGUGUGGCAUGCGUGUGUGGUGAAGAUGCGUUUAUACAACCAUGUGAUGAAUUAUGACUUUUUGACAUCAAUCCAGUUUUUUUUUCACUCAUCCUUAAUGGCAGUGAAUCAUUUCCAAGGGAAUUUUUCGAUUUUCUUUAUUGUAGCUGUACCAGUUUCCUCAAACAUAAUUGCUGUAAUGUGUAGCAAAAGAAUGAGGAUGUUUCUUUCACCUUCAGUUGAAUAACUUGCAUCUCAGGCAAGCAAACAAUGCUGUUUAAUGUAUUAAAAAGAUACUAAUGAUCAGUACUUCCUCAUUAAAGCAUAGAGUGUACUAUUUUUAUUUUACAUAUUUAUAUUUAUAUUAAAGCUUCUCCUCACAUCACCCAAAAACAUUUCAGCAGCCUUCUGACCAGUGCAGCCAAGUGUCCUCAAAAGAUGGCCAGAUGUUAUCCCAUUAUCUGGCAUCCUGCUGUUCUGAACCAUUUCGAACAGAUGUUUGCGUUCUGGCGUGCGCUUUUGGCUUCAGAUUCUCAGAAAAUAAAUGUCAAAGAAGGGAAAAAUGUGUCAGUUCUGAAUGUUUGAUAUGAAAGCUUCUGAUUUGUUUGGCAGGGAUGGCGUUUUGAGACUAUGGGUGCUUUAGUCCUGAGGCGUAGCUUUUGUGUUGACCUCUUUUGGUUUAAAAGUAAUGUUUUCCCGUGAAAUUCAGGUUGCUUGUAGUCUCGCCGACGCAGUUCUCACAUAAAAUACUAUGCACAUUUCAUACUAGACAAAGCGAUAUUUAAAAGUGGAAAAAAUAGUUACCAUGAGUGAGACCGAGAGCUACAUUUAAUUUAUACUGUACCAAAGUCUUUAAAGUUUGGGUUAUUUUUAUCCGAAGUAUUGAAGUGUUUUGUAUUUUGCUGUAUGGAACAUUUGUCUUUUCAUUUUUUUAGUUGGGAAAGGUGAUAGGAUUAAAGGAACACUUUGAGUGGGUAGUUACAUGCCUUCCUCUUGCGAAGAAAAACCUUUUAAUACUUUUUUUUCACAUUCAGUCUAGAUUUGUAGGAAAUGGAGUGGGUAUAGAAAGCAACAGGGAAUAUUAUUAAUCACUGCUAUCUAUGGGGAUGUGUGCAAAUCUUGAAGUAGGGCUAAUGCUCAGUGCUACAGAUUUCAAAAGGGAAAAGAGAGAUUUGGAUCAGCAUCUCUGUUCUUGAAAGCCUUGUUUCAAAGCAGCCUCCUUUUUGAGUUGAGUUAACUAAACAUUGUUUGCAUCUGAGAACUCCUUGGAGCAAGCAGUGUUAAAGCACAACUAUAGUUUCAUUAAUUUAUUCUCUCUCUCUCUCUCUAAAAAUGUUUCGAGUCUGGACUAUGUGCAAAGCCUUCCUCUGCAAGAAUUGUAAAACUAUAGAAAAGAGUAGAACAGGAUUACAUUUUCCCUCUUCUCUUUCCUUCUGUUUCAUUUCAUUCUUGAUUUAUAAAUUGACAUGCAAGGUGUAUUUCAUGUGUAUGCAAUAAAUGAUUGAACUGAAUCACAACAGCUGCACAUCCAGAAGUUGUUUAGACUUUGCAAAGGAAGCACAAUGUGCGAUCAUUUUUAUGCAGGGCAAAUGUUUAUUAAAGUCUUUGUGCUUUAAAUUGUUUUUUU